AAGUGAAAAACAGUUGCGGCACGCUUCUUUCGCAAAGCUGAAACGUUCAACUGCAUGUCGAAAAGGGCUUUUUGUGUAUUACAAAAAUUGAGCGUUGGAUAGAUUGUCCUUGGUUUUAAAAUAAGAAAGAAAAAUGUCAGUUUGAUGUGUCGUGCGAGGGGAUUCACAGCAGUAUAUACGCGAUUCUUAAGACUCGCUGAAAACGCGACUAGUUGUAUAUACCAUGUAAAGGUGUAAUGUGAAAGAGUUCGCGUGCUGCAGUGUGCUGCUGGAUAAUUUUGAUUAUUAUUUAGAAGAAACAUGACAAAAUUUUUGGCCUGUCUACAGUUAUCUUUAUUAUACAGUUAAUUCACCAGUUCCAAAAGUCGGAUGAAAACUAACGAGAAUCCACCAUGAGUGAUAUAAACUCUCCGCGACUGAUUGCGACUGCAGUUGCUGCAGCGUUUGGCGUUAUCGGGGCUGUGGGUCUGUUCGUGUACCAGAAAAUAAGAGAACAACAACAGACCGAAAGAGUCAGACGAGAUUUGGAUAAAAUGGGUGAAACUAUGGCCGAACUACAAGCACAGUUGGAUCUUUUGAGAUUACAGCAAAAUCAACGCAGGAAUCGAGAAAGAAUAUCGCGACGAAAGCCGAAUCUUAAAAAUAGCAGCACUUAUUCUGCAACAGAUAAUGACACUGACGUAGACGCCUUUUCAACAGCUGACACAGAGUUUGACGAUGAUGAAUUCUUUGAUUUCUCCGACAUGGAGUCAGGCGAUGGAGACAAUGAAAGGAUCUCAGGACCAACAAACGAACUGGACAGAAGGCUCGCUGAAACAGACAAACUAAUUGAAGCAUCGGAACUACGUCCAGGUAGCGAGUGUGAAGAGGCUCUUAGUACACUACGUAAUCUACUUGUUAAAUAUCCAGAUAAUAUUGAAGUUAUAUGGAGGCUGGCAAGAGCUUGUCACAGAUGCUCCACAAAUGCUACGGAGACAAGUAAAAAGCUGGCUCUUAUCGUCGAAGGUCUCAACCCUUGCGAAAGAUUUGAAGAAGCAGACAGCGCAGACUUUCACAAGUGGUACGCAAUACUGAUAGGAUCACACGGAAUGUUUCUUUCUACUAAAGAAAAAAUAGAAGGUGGCUACCGCUUCAAAAAACAUCUCAACAAAGCAUUAGAAAUCAGACCAGAAGACCCGGUACUUCAUCAUUUAUCGGGAAGGUUCAAGUUUGAAGUUGCUGGCUUAACCUGGAUUGAGAGAAAGGUUGCGUCAACAUUGUUCGCAGAACCUCCAAGUGCAACUUACGAGGAAGCGAUUGUUGAUUUUGAACGUGCCGAAGAAUUGACGAUAAAGCCAUUUAAAGAUAACAAAUUACUUCUCGGUAAAUGUUAUGUAGCAGUUGGGCGUUAUCAAGAUGCAAUCAGAUGGUUCGAAGAAACUAGUAACAUUCCGACAGUUAGCGAAGAAGACCGUGUUUCGCAAAAUGAGGCCGAUCAACUUUUAUCAAAAUACUCUAAAUAUCGUUCAUAACUACAGCUAUUGAAAUUAAAAUUGUAAAUAUGCAUAUAAAUAUAUGUGUGCAUGUAUGCUCGUUUCAUGAUAUUAUGAGAACGUACAUUUAGGUAUUACAUUUAUAUGGUGCUCGUAUCGUGUAGUGGAACUUUGUGUUAACGAGUAAGGAAUAAAAAUAGGAGGGGGUUCCCAUUUGAGUAUAAUGUAACAAAUUUAUUAGGUGAUUUGAUGAAAUGUAAUAUUAUUGGUUUGGUAUAACACGGUUUGCAAACUUUUUUUUAUAAUACACUGAAUGAGUGAAAUAUACACCCUGACCUAAAA